UUGCACCAAAGCAGCAGCUUCAUUGCUGCAGUUCUAGCUUCACCUUCACGAUGUUUCUCUUGGUCAAAAACGCACUCAGUCGUCUCCAAGUUCGAAGCAUUCAGCAAACAAUGGCAAGGCAGAGCCACCUGAAAUGUACACCUGAUUUUCAUGACAAAUACGGUAAUGCUGUAUUAGCUAGUGGAGCCACUUUCUGUAUUGCUGUAUGGACAAGUGUAGCAACACAAAUCAAAAUAGAAUGGAACCUGUCCCCUGUUAGCAGAGUCACCCCAAAGGAAUGAAGAGAUCAGUAAUCAUUCCAGCUGGUGUAAUACUGAAUUGUUUAAAAAACAGCUCAUGAUUGAUGCCAAGUGAAAGCACUGUGUGCCCAUUAAGAAUUAGCCCGGUGUGGUGGCGCGUGCCUGUGGUCCCAGCUACUCGGGAGGCUGAGGCAGGAGAAUGGUGUGAACCCAGGAGGCGGAGCUUGCA